GGCCCACGGAUUAUUGCCUGGUAUGGAGGGCUUAAAAAAGGAGAUUUAUCGGCAAUGGGCAAAUUUGAAAUUUCUGUCCCCACUUUUAAGCAGCUUCCUCGGUUUGACAGCAGAGGCACUGCGAUCGACUGGGAUACUACAUUUUCAUUCAGUACAACAAUGAGUCGUGGUAGAAAUUGCUUUGUACCUGGCUGUACAAGUGGGAAUCCCAAUAAAAACAAGGCAAAUAAAGAACGGGGUGAAAGAAACCCAAGCCUUUUCAAAGCUCCUAAUGAUCCUAGCUUGCUACAGCAGUGGCAAAAGGCGAUACCCAGAUCAGACAAGACACUUAGCAGCAAAGAUGCUGUUUGUGAACUACAUUUUCUAGAUGAAGAUAUUUUGACUCAUUAUGAGAUCAAAUUAACUGACGGAACUAUCAGUAGAAUUGAGCGGGGUAGACCAUUAUUAAAGGAGGGUUCAAUUCCAAGAAUUUUUCCUAACCUGCCUUCAUAUUUCUCUAGUAAUAAAAGAAAGAGGAAACCACCAUGUGAAUAAGCUCUUUAAAUUAAUAUGUAGGUAUA